AUGGGAAGUGGUCUGCCACGAGGGAUUGAUGCCAAAAUGCCAAUGUACUCUAAUGACCAAAACUACAGUGCCUAUCCACAGGUUCCUAUUGCCGAUGACCUUCAUGCACCGCCGAGGGAAUGGCGGCAGUUUUCGCCAAGCACGUACGCCUGGGAACAGCGGAACAACGGCAAUGCGUCACUGUUGCUGCCUUGUCCCCAGCCUGGCACCACCAUGGCGCCGUUUCCGAGGGGUGCUGGGAAGGGUAUGGUCGGCUGGCAAAAGCCCUUAGCAGGCCCGUCACCACCGCCACGAUCAUCAACAGCUGCCACCACGGCUGCAGCGGCGGGUGGUCGCGUGAUACACUCCGCGCCGGCUGCUCCUUACAGCUCCCCACCGAACACGAAGGUAGGGAGGCGGUCAUACAGUUCCUCUCUCUCCUCGCUGGGAUCCGGGCGUAGACAUCGCUCGCGUGGGUAUUCACGACACCACAAGCGGAGGCCACACGGGGACGAGAGAAGAAGCAGGAGUGCAAGUCCGUCGGACUCCCCCACAGGACACAGAAAGAAACACCACCACCGGCGCCAUCAUCGUCGGCACCACAAGGCAAAGGGAACGGACACAGACGCCCCCAGUGGAUCAGCAAGCGCGGCGUUGCAUGAUAGUGCUACUGCGGGGGAGGAGAAGCAAUCUCACCACCGUAGUCACCAUCGGUUGUCAAUCAUGCAGGUGCGGCGGGCUCAAGGUGAAGACGAGCGCCCCAAGCCUGUUAAAGACGAGAGUGCAGCAAGGAAAGAGCGAGGUGGAAGGAGUGGUGGCCGCAACAAUAGCAGCAGCAGCAGCAGCAGCAACAGCAGCCACAACAAGAGAAAUAAUAAAAAAAACAAUGAUAAUGAGUCUUCAAAUGAGGGAAAAAAAACAUGGGUGAACACGCUUGUUGCGUCUUCGAUGCCGAUGGCUACCUCAUUGGGUGGUGCUAAACCCGAGGAGGGAUUUAACAAACUACAUGAUAUCAUUAGGCCUGUGCUUCCAACGCCGAGAGAGACUCAGGUGGUGAAGGAAGUUAGCCGAGAGCGGGAAUCGCAAAAAAGCGGCAGCGCCACGGAGGAAGAUAAACGAAGACGGGGAUCACACCGUCAUCGCUCGGAAGAGUCACACCACAAGCAUUCCCACCGUCACUAUCGUGACACUCGUGGCGUCCGUGACGAGGUGGGCCAACAGGAGCGUGUCACAACAAGUGACGGCGCCCAUCACGGCGGGCGGCACCCCAGCGCGUCGCCCAGACGAAAAAGCAAGCGACGUCACCACCACCACCACCACCACCACCACCACCACCACGAUUCCAUGUCUAGCAGCGGCUCACGGACUCCUACUAGUAAAGGUGGGAGUAGGACCAGCAGCGACACUCGCCGUGACCGGUCGCCGCCCACACGGCGGCACGGGGCCUCCAGGACGGAACAGCACGAGAAGCGGCCACGGAGUAGCGGCCAGACAGUCACGAACAGACGUAAGACGGACGACUACCAAGUUCAAACUCCACCGGAGAACGAACCUCACAGGAAAGGCAUUAUUGGCUUCUUCCAGCGGAAACCAAAGUCAAAGGAGACACCAAAGCCGAAACAAGUGAGAAAAUGCAAAGAAAAGAAGUCGGAGGAGCCCUCGUCAACGCGGCGUGAGGCUUCAUCGAGGCGGAGGGGCUCACCGUCAGUAGACACCAGCUGGAGUGCGUCACGGUCAACGCCUACCCGAUCAUCUACUCCACGUGAGCCUGGGCGUGACGAUGUGAAACCAAAAAGAGGUUUUUUCUUAUUGGACUUGUUUCGGAGAAAGCUCGCGUUGCCGGUAUCGCCACCGAAGGGCGGAGUAUCGUCGCCGAGUAGUACGCGGCCGUGCAGCCAGCACGCGAAGACCCACAAAGAUGUGGCGAACCUGAGGGAGAUGAGUCCAAAUGCCCGUCUUCAUUCAGAAAGAAAAAGAAAUGAUAGGGCUCACAGCCGCCGAAGUGGCAGAGACAAUCAGUCUAAUAGUCAAAGCAGAUCUAGUAGAGGUAGAAGCAGGAGUAAGAACAGGAGCAACAAGGAAAGGCCUCAGAGUGCCUCUGUGCCACGCCAGCAGGGAAAUAGCCGUUCAAGGCAUCAGGUUCCGGACCAAUCGAUUCGCUCGUCAACAGCUGCGGUUAUAUAG